AUCUGCAUACUUUUAUAUAUUACAUGCAUUUUAUACACUUUUAAGUUUUCGAAAAAAAGAAGAAAAAGAAUUAUCUAUGUAAACUGUCAAAAAGAGGUGCAGCUAUCGACUAACUUUUUAUCUUACUCUGUGACUGUCGGGUAUUAAUAUUGAACUCAUCUGCUUCUUUCAUACUCAAGUAAUGUCAAGCUCAGAUGCAACUCGUGGUCUACGCUUUUACAACAAGGUUGCUAUAGUUACAGGGGGAUGUAGGGGGAUUGGACGCGGUUGUGUGGAUGUGUUGGCGGAACAUGGAGGAAAAAUUGCAGUCUUAGACUUAGAUGAUGAAGUUGGAGCAAGUUUUGCAUCAGUCAACACCCCUGGUGAAAUAUUUUAUGUUCAUUGUAACAUGACAAAGGAAGAAGAAAUUAAGAAUGCUAUAGAACUUGUGGUAAAGAAGUAUGGUCAACUGGAUUGUUUAGUUAACAACGUCGGAACACAUCCAGGGUCAAAAACCAUUGAUGAACUGACUGUGCAAAGUUUUAGAGAUUUUCUAAAUCUGAAUCUUGUCAGUAACUUUACAGCAAGUAAAUAUGCUCUCCCUUACCUCAGGAAAUCCAAGGGUAAUAUAGUUAACAUCACGAGUAUUAGUGCCCAUUCUGGUACUGGAUUGGCAUCCAGUUAUUGUGCAACUAAGGGUGGAUGCUUGUCACUAACGAAAGCUCUAGCUAUUGACGAAGCAAAACACGGAGUUCGUGUCAAUUGUAUAUCACCGGGAUGUAUAGACACUCCGUUAAUGCGAAGUGUUGAGAAAGCAAGUGGUAAUGAAAUGACAGAGGAAAGACUAAACUUUAUCGGUUCCUUACAUACAUUAAACAGGGUUGGUCAACCAAGAGAAAUAGGAAAGGCUUGUCUGUUCCUUGCUGUAGACGCCACUUUCACUACUGGUGAGGAGUUAAUGUGUACCGGAGGCUGCGAAUUAAUAUAAAAUAGAACGUAACUGAAAAUAGACAAUUUUUUAAGGAAUAAGAUGAACGUUACAUACAUGUAUAUCCUUUCUUUUAAUUACCAACAUUCUUAAAUUUGCCAAAAUAUAUGAAAAAUAGCAUA